AUGUUCCGCUCGCUCGUGAGUCGCCGCGCGCGCGUCGCGGCCCCUCCUGUGCUGCGCACGAGCCGCCACGCGAGCACAAUCAAGAAGCUCAUGGCCGCGAACCGCGGGGAGAUCGCCACGCGGAUCAUGCGCGCGGGCAACGAGUUGGGCAUCCGCACGGUGGGGAUCUUCUCGCAAGAAGAUCGGUUCACGCAGCACCGGUACAAGGCCGACGAGAGCUUCCUCGUGGGCCACGGCAAGACGCCCGUGGGCGCCUACCUCGACAUUGACAGCAUCAUUGCCAUUGCCAAAGAGAACGGCAUUGAAGCGAUCCAUCCCGGCUACGGCUUUCUCAGUGAAAACGUCGGCUUUGCCCAAGAGUGUGCGCGCAACGGCAUCAAAUUUGUCGGCCCGACGCCCGAGAACCUCCAGCGCUUUGGCGACAAGACGGCGGCGCGGGAGAUUGCCAAGGAGCAACACGUGCCGGUCGUGCCGGGCACGGAUGGACCGGUGCGCUCGCUCGAGCAGGCGCGGGCGUUCAUUGACUCGGGCGUGGGCUACCCCGUGAUCAUCAAGGCCAGUAUGGGAGGAGGCGGACGCGGCAUGCGCGUCGUCACGUCGGCAGAAGAGCUGGAAGAGAACUUUGAGCGCGCGAGCUCGGAGGCAUUGGCAGCGUUUGGCGAUGGCACGGUCUUUAUCGAGCGCUACGUAGACCGGCCACGUCAUAUUGAGGUGCAGAUCUUGGGGGACGGAGAGGGCAAUGUCGUGCACUUGUUCCACCGUGACUGCAGCGUGCAGCGUCGUCAUCAGAAGGUACUGGAGACUGCGCCGGCGAUUGGACUGGACCCAGAGACGGAGAAGGCGAUGAUUGACGACGCCGUGCGUCUGACGAGUGCGGCCAAGUACUUGAAUGCAGGAACGGUUGAGUUUCUCGUCGACCAGCAGGGUCGCCACUACUUUAUUGAAGUGAACCCUCGCAUCCAGGUCGAACACACGAUCACUGAGGAGAUCACGGGCAUUGACUUGGUGCAGAGCCAGAUUCGUAUCGCCGGUGGCGAGACGUUCAAAGACUUGGGGCUGAGUCAAGACAAGAUUAAACCGCGCGGCCAUGCAAUGCAGUGCCGUGUGACGACUGAGAACCCCAGCACCGGAUUUCAGCCUGACUCGGGGGUCAUUGAAGUGUUUCGUAGCCCUGGCGGUAUGGGCAUCCGCCUCGACGACGGCCCUGGAUUCGUUGGCGCACACAUUACUCCUCACUACGACUCCCUGCUGGUCAAGGUGACUGCACGUGCGCUGGACCGCGGCGACUGUGCGCAGAAGCUGAAGCGCGCGCUGUCUGAGUUCCGUGUCCGCGGUGUGACCACGAACAAGAGCUUCCUUACCAACGUGCUGAACCACCCGGACUUUAUCAAGGGCGUGAUCGACACGAGCUUCAUUGCUGAGAACCCAGACUUGCUGCUGCCGUCAAAGUCAACGAACCGUGGCCAGAAGAUGCUCAAGUACAUUGGCAACACGAUCGUGAACGGUCCGGAGAAGGCCCUGGGUGCCACUGGCCCUGCUCCGUCCAAGGUCGACCCGCUCAUUCCGACGCUGUCUGCCCCGCCUGCAUCAACAGAGAAGUCGCUGCGCCAGAUCUACGUCGAGCAGGGAGCGGAGGCGUUCGCCAAAGCUGUGCGUGCCAAAAAGGGUCUACUGCUGACCGACACGACGUGGCGUGAUGCCCAUCAGUCGCUGCUUGCGACGCGAAUGCGUACGCGCGACAUGCUGGCGAUUGCUCCUGCUACUUCCGUUGCAAUGCGCGACGCUUUCUCGCUCGAGAUGUGGGGUGGCGCGACAUUUGAUGUGUCCAUGCGCUUCUUGCGUGAAGACCCCUGGGACCGUCUCGCGCUGCUACGCGAGGCCGUGCCCGACAUUCCGUUUCAGAUGCUGCUUCGCGGCGCCAAUGCUGUGGGGUAUACGAGCUACCCGGACAACGUCGUGUACAAGUUCUGUGAGAAGGCCCAGGCUACUGGCAUGGACGUGUUCCGCGUGUUCGACUCCCUCAACUACCUGGAGAACAUGAAACUCGGCAUUGACGCUGUCGGUGCUGCUGGUGGUAUCAUUGAGGCUGCGAUGUGCUACACUGGCGACGUGUCCGACCCGACGCGCGGUCCGUACAAUCUCGAGUACUACUUGGACUUUGUGCGUCAGCUGGUGGCUCAAGGUAUCCACGUGCUGGCCAUCAAGGACAUGGCGGGUCUACUCAAGCCCCAAGCUGCUCGGAUCCUGAUUUCUGCCAUCCGCAAAGAGUUCCCGGACCUGCCGAUCCACGUGCACACACACGACACUGCCGGCACGGGCGUGAGCUCAAUGCUUGAAGCUGCUUAUGCUGGUGCAGACGCCGUUGACGUGGCGUCCGACGCAAUGUCGGGCACGACGUCGCAGCCAUCGAUGGGUGCAGUGGUUGCAGCGCUGAAAGGCUCCGAGUACGACACAGGUGUGAACGCCGAAGACAUUAUGGAAAUCAACGACUACUGGGAGACGUUGCGCGGAGUGUACGGUCCGUUCGAGUCUGGCCAGAAGUCGGGAUCGGCCGACGUGUACAACCACGAGAUGCCCGGCGGUCAGUACACGAACCUGCUGUUCCAAUCGACGCAGCUGGGGCUUGCGGGUCAGUGGCCGGCCAUCAAGCGCGCGUACGCUGCUGCCAACCGCCUCUUGGGCGACAUUAUCAAGGUCACGCCUUCGUCCAAGGUCGUGGGCGACUUUGCGCAGUUUAUUGUGCAGAACAAGCUCACGGAGGACGAAGUCGUGGACCAGGCCGAGACGCUGUCGUUCCCCAAGUCAGUGGUGGAGUACUUUCAGGGGUACUUGGGCAUCCCGCACCACGGCUUCCCGGAACCGCUGCGUUCGCGUGUGCUGAAGGGCAAACUGCUGCCAGACGGGCAAGAGACGUUCAAGGGCCGUCCGGGUGCCGAGAUGAAGCCAUACGACUUUGAGGCCGCGGAGAAGGAGCUCAAGCACAAGUAUGGCGAGGACAAGAUCCGCGACGUCGAUGUGAUCUCGCAUGCCAUCUACCCGGACGUGUUUGCCAACUUUAUGGAGUUCAAGGACGAGUACGGGUCGUUGCACUUUCUGGACACGCGCACGUUCCUCACGGGCUUGGAAGUGGACACGGAGGUCGAGAUUGAGAUGGAGCACGGCAAGACUGUGUUUAUCAAGCUCAUUGCAGUGGGCGGCGUGAGCAAGAAGGAUGGCCAGCGCGACGUCAUCUUUGAGCUCAACGGUCGACAGCGCGUGAUCAAGGUCAAGGACGAAUCUGCAGGGCUAACCACGGCGGCCAAGCCAAAGGCGACGGCGAUGGCGGGGUCUGUUGGUGCCCCGAUGCCCGGUGUCGUGCUUGACGUGCGAGUGAAGAAGGGGGAGAACGUGAAGGCUGGCGACGCUCUGCUCGUGCUGAGUGCCAUGAAGAUGGAGACUGUUGUGGCUGCUCCAGUGAGCGGUCGGGUCGUGUCGAUCCACGCCGGCGUUGGGGACAACAUGCUCGGCGGGGACCUCCUCGUGGAAAUCGACGAGACUGGCGACGACGAAGACUGA